AUGAGCCGGAGGGAGGGAAAUCUGGAAGACCCCCAGGUUGACUCUUCAAUUUCACUCCUUCCUCACCUGGAGGCCAAGAUACGUCAGACUCACAGUCUUGCUCACCUCCUCACCAAAUAUGCUGAGCAGCUGUUCCAGGAAUAUGUGCAGCACCAGGGAGACCCCUUCGGGCUGCCGGGCUUCUCGCCGCCGCGCCUGCCGGUGGCCGGUCUGAGCGCCCCGGCGCCGAGCCACGCGGGGCUGCCCGCGCCCGAGCGGCUACGCCUGGACGCCGCGGCCGCCGCCUCCACUGGCGUCUUCCCCGCCAAGGUGCUGGGCUUCCGCGUGUGCGGCCUUUACCGCGAGUGGGUGAGCCGCACCGAGGGCGACUUGAGCCAGCUGGUGCCUGGGGGUCCGGCCUGA